CGGCCUCCCUUCGAACAUGAAAAAUGCACGGGUAUAAAAAGGUUCUUCCUUGGUGAAGAUCUUCGGAAAAGCAACAACCGACCCUAUCAUAAAGUUUGACGUUUGAGCACCGCAGACCGUUGUGAAUUGCCGCCGCCAUGAAGCUCCUCUCGCUCGCCAUUUUCGCCGUGGCGACACUAUUUGGCACCAUCCAUGCCCAGUGCCCGGCUGAUUUUCCCCAUCAGUUUGGACCCAAUUGCUAUAGAUUCGUGGGCGACGGGCCGCCCGGUGAGCAGCUCAUGCCGUUUGCUGGUGCCCAGACCGACUGCCAGAACCGCGGCGGAAAGUUGGCCGAGAUCAUCAGCUCCGACCAGAAUGACUACCUCAUGGGCUUGAUCAACUCACUGAGCCUGCCUUGUGUCGGUUCGGGCGGACCAGUGACCGGGCCAGGUUCGGGUAUGGGCGAGUGCCCGUUUCUCAUCGGCUACACGUCCGUGGGCUUCGGCGGCUUCCGUCUGGCCAGCUCCGGUGCCAUCCUGCCACCGGGCGUCGAGGACUUCGGCGCUGGUACGAUGCCUACUGGUGGUCAGCAGUGCACCACGCUCGUGCAGCAGAAUGACGAUUGGGUUGGCGCUGACUGCACCGUCGACUCGUACUACAUAUGCGAGAGACAACUUGCUUCCGUGGAAUGCGACGUGCCGGCAAACGACAUUGUGUUCAGCAUCAACGUCGCUUUUCUCAGCAACUUUGACAUUGUCAAUGAUGCCGAUCUGCAUAUUGGACCUAACAAUGUGGCUGGAUGCCAAGUCACACGCGUUUUGAACGGACCAGGCGAUGCCGAUGACGUGUACACGGCUACAAUCGGACCCAAUGACUGCGGCACCAUGCCGUCGUACCUCACCACGGAGCCUGAUGCGAUUGUCCUGCGCAACACGCUGAACCAUAGCCCGUCUGGCGACGUCAUCACGCGAUCGCUGGGAGAGCUGCUCGCCUUCCAGUGCCGGGCUCAAGCCAUCGACUUGCUUUCCAGCCCGCAAAUCGACCCGCAGGCCCUCGUUGCUCUGUUGACGCAGACCGGCUUUGGCGACUUCGACGUCAGCUUGCGCUUUACGGAUGUCGACUAUCUGAAUCCCAGCGCCGCCGCUCAGUCCGUCACACUUGGCCAGCCCGUCUACUUGCAGGUCCGCGUUUCCAGUGCCCUGAGUAACCUGGAUGUGUACGCUGACGAGUGCUAUGCCUCGCCAUCGGCAAACCCCAACGACCUGGGCAACAUCGUGACGGUGAUCGACAACGACUGUCCCGGAGAAGAAAGAGCUCAGGCCAGUAUUGGAGCAGCUUUGGGUUUGACUGACUUCAACUUUGAAUUCAAUGCUUUCCAGUUCAUCGUUGCCGGCAAUCCUCAACCAUUCGUUUUCAUUCAUUGUAAUACAAACAUCUGUCUGGAUACCGUGGCUGGCACAUUGUGUGACAGCGCCGCUUGUCCCGCGCGAAGGAGGAGACGCGAGGUGGCGCUCAUCUCGCGCUGGAAGAGACAGUCGCCCGUGGCUGGCUUCUCUCCAGGCACCUCACCAGAACAGCAGCUGACCACACUGGGCCCGCUCGCUUUCAAUGUAGAUGGACUGACUGGCGGUUCCUCGGCCGGCGCGGCCUACGUUCAGCCAACGUUCUACGGAAUGCUCCUCAGCAUGGGUCUGCUGUACCUCGCUCAGUAAGCAUGACGUCAGGCAUGACGUAACUCCCGCCACCGUGAUGUCAUCAUGAGGUCCACGUCAUGAUAAUAAUUAUGCGUCCGGUCAAGGGGGACCAGCCAAGCAGAUCACUACUCACUCCUAUCGGUAAACAGAAAGCAUAACUAACACUACAUGGAGAUCUUCCAACGCCACCUGUAAUGUUGUGUACACCAACACCAGUACAUUAAAUGAUCAAAUAAUUCCAUACUCCUGUUAUAAUAUUACUACUGUGUCACAGCUGUCCGUGGAAUUACAUACACACAGGGAACAGAUACAUUCACUCACACCCUGCUUCAACCAGUGCCUUCAGUAAGCGUCAAGAUAUUCAGGGAAGCUGGCAGUACCAAUUCGGCAAGCAAUGUUUACACCGCGGCGGAAUUAGAGUCCAUACAGUCCUUCAUUUCUUGCUUUUCUUUGCUACUUGACUCUAGUGGCCUCUUAUCUUUUUGUUUAUCAGUCGACCUAUUUAUCUUCCCCUCUCUCUCUCUCGCUCUCUUUCCAGGUUUGUCCCUAGCUUCGCCUAUAUGUUUCUGUUUCUAUCUAUCAAUCUAUUUCCUACAAGCGCCCACCUUGAGCUAUAACUAGUUCGUGCGAUUGGACAAGAUCUGACACUCUUCGUUCUCUGGUGCUCGCUCCUCUUCUUUUCUCGUCUUUAGCAUCUUAUCUUGAUGUUGCUUUCUACUUCCUCUUACUGUCUUGAUUUCAUCAUCUAUCGUUGCCAGCAGUUGCUACACUACAGCGCUUGCCAUUUCUCCACCAGUUUUCUAGCUCUUAUCUUGGGUGUGCUCCGAGGCAAGCCCAAACCCAUCUCGCUUUGCUUUGGGAUCCGACCUUUAAACUUUGCUGUCUUCUCUCCUUGUUGUCCCCCUCGAAGUUUCUCUACUUCUCUCUCUCUAUCCUCUCUUUGUUUGGCUAUGGACUCGAUAUAUUGCCCGCAUAAGAACUAUCACUAGGUAGGCACUAGAUUUGGUGCCAAUCGUAUGACUGUUUGUAUGCCAAUUGGCAAACAAUCAAAUCAACCAUGCAGU